GUCGAAUGAACUUGAGUGAGUAAACAUCGGUGGAUGCCUGGCGCUCUCUGAGCGUGGAGGCUGGAUGGGAUUUCCAGAAGGGGAAAGAGCAGGGAGGCCGCCGGCGCCAGGAUUCACAGAGCAAUUUGUACGGUUUCAGGUCUGUGCGGCUGCUAAAGAAUGACCCAGUCAACUUCCAGAAGUUCCCCUACACUAAUGAAGACGAGGCCUGGAAGACCUACCUGGAAAACCCCUUGACGGCCGCCACAAAGGCCAUGAUGAGAGUCAAUGGGGAUGAUGACAGCGUUGCGGCCCUGAGCUUCCUCUAUGAUUACUACAUGGGUCCCAAGGAGAAGCGGAUCCUGUCCUCCACCACCGGGAGCCGGAACGACCAAGGAAAGAGGUACUACCAUGGCAUGGACUAUGAGAUGGACCUCACCCCCCUUGAAAGUCCCACGCACCUCAUGAAGUUCCUGACAGAGAACGUGUCUGGAACCCCAGAAUACCCAGAUGUGCUCAAGAAGAAUAACCUGAUGAGCUUGGAGGUGGCCAUGCCCUCCCCGGGCAAGGCAGCUGCCCUCCCCGCGGGCCCCAGCAAGCUGGAAGCUGGUUCUGUGGACAGCUACCUGCUGCCCACCAGUGAUGUGUAUGAUAAUGGCUCCCUCAACUCCUUGUUUGACAGCAUUCAUGGGGUGCCACCCGCACAGCGCUGGCAGCCAGACAGUACCUUCAAGGAUGACCCGCAGGAGUCGCUGCUCUUCCCAGAUAUCCUGAAAACGUCCCCGGAACCCCCCUGUCCAGAGGACUACCCUAGCCCCAAGAGUGACUUUGAGUACACCCUGGGCUCCCCCAAAGCCAUCCACAUCAAGUCAGGCGAGUCGCCCAUGGCCUACCUCAACAAGGGCCAGUUCUACCCCAUCACCCUGCGGACCCCUGCAGGCGGCAAAGGCCUUGCCUUGUCCUCCAACAAAGUCAAGAGCGUGGUGAUGGUUGUCUUUGACAACGAGAAGGUCCCGGUAGAGCAGCUGCGGUUCUGGAAGCACUGGCAUUCCCGACAGCCCACAGCCAAGCAGCGGGUCAUCGACGUGGCUGACUGCAAAGAGAACUUCAACACCGUGCAGCACAUUGAGGAGGUGGCCUACAAUGCACUGUCCUUCGUGUGGAAUGUCAGCGAGGAGGCCAAGGUGUUCAUCGGCGUCAACUGCCUCAGCACAGACUUCUCGUCGCAGAAGGGGGUAAAGGGUGUCCCCCUGAACCUGCAGAUUGACACCUAUGACUGUGGCUCCGCCACCGAGCGCCUGGUGCACCGCGCUGUCUGCCAGAUCAAGAUCUUCUGUGACAAGGGAGCUGAGAGGAAGAUGCGGGAUGAUGAGCGGAAGCAGUUCCGGAGGAAAGUCAAGUGCCCCGACUCCAGCAACAAUGGCAUCAAGGGCUGUCUGCUGUCCGGCUUCAGGGGCAAUGAGAUCACCUACCUGCGGCCGGAGGCCGACCUGGAAACCCCGCCCGUGCUGUUCAUUCCCAACGUGCACUUCUCCGGCCUGCAGCGUCCUGGCGGGGCAGUGCCCUCGGCAGGACAGGGCGGCUCCAACAGGCUGCCUCUGAAGCGGACCUGCUUGCCCUUUGCUGAGGAGCUGGAGCCUCUGCCCUCCAAACAGGCUAAGGAAGAUGACCUGCAGAGAGUUCUGUUGUAUGUGCGGAGGGAGACUGAGGAGGUGUUUGACGCCCUCAUGUUGAAGACCCCGGACCUGAAGGGGCUGAGGAAUGCGAUCUCUGAGAAGUAUGGGCUUCCUGAAGAGAACAUUUACAAAGUCUACAAGAAAUGCAAGCGGGGAGCCCUGAAGGCAAGGGGCCUCCCACAGUCUAGCCACGUCUCUUCUCUUCCAGAAUCUUGGUCAACAUGGACAACAACAUCAUUCAGCAUUACAGCAACCAUGUCGCCUUCCUGCUGGACAUGGGGGAGCAUGAUGGCAAGAUUCAGAUCACCCUUAAGGAGCUGUGAGGACCCCGCGGGGAGCUCCGGGCCGGGAGCCAGCUGCCAGUGGCCCCCUGCCGCACACAACCUCUCCUCAUGCCUCAGUGCCGUUACUUGAACGCCUUCCCAGAGGGAAGAGGCCCGCGUCCCCGACGUCAGGGCCAAGAAGGGACCUGGGAGGUGUCCUGACCCGAGCCCCCACCUCAUGCUUGAAUCCACUCUGAGCGCCUGCCAGCGCCUGCCCAGCCAGACAGCGCCGUCUUGGUGAGCGCCCGGCAGACGCUUUCCUCCUCCGCCGCUGCUCUGCGGGCUGCCUAUCCCGGUGCUGGAGGCGGGCCUCGCUCCCAAAGCCGACCUGACCGCUGGCCGCUCCCAUUCUUGGUCGUCCCACCGACUUCAGACCAAGGAUCUCUCACCCUGUGGUCAGUUAACUUGAACACUCUCGGUUUCCAGUGCAAAUGACUUUGAAAAGACACUGUGGUGGACGCACCUCUUUCUCAUGGACGUCCCCCGGGCCCGAUGUAAAUAAUAGAGCUGAUCGGCCACGACCACGUGGCUGCUCCAUAAAUGACCGACCACCCUGCUCACUGCUGUACACAUUUCUCACUUACAGUUUUCAUUUAUGUUAUAAAUAUAUAAGUAUAUAUUGUAUAUAUAUAUGCAACGUUUUAUAUUUUCACGGAUACAUUUUUAUCAUUUCAAAAAAUGUGUAUUUCACAUUUCUUGGACUAUUUUUUUAGCGGUUAUUCAGUUAUGCAUUUUGUAUACUCAUAUAGUAUUUAGUAAUAAAAUUCUGCCUAUGUAUU